UUUUUUUUUUUUUUUUUUUUGAGACGGAGUCUCGCUCUGUCGCCCAGGCUGGAGUGCAGUGGCGUGAUCUCAGCUCACUGCAAGCUCCACCUCCCGGGUUCACGCCAUUCUCCUGCCUCAGCCUCCAGAGUAGCUGGGACUACAGGUGCCCACUACCACACCCAGCUAAUUUUUUGUAUUUUUAGUAGAGACGGGGUUUCACCAUGUUGGCCAGGAUGGUCUCAAUCUCUUCACCUCGUGAUCCACCUGCCUCGGCCUCCCACAGUGCUGGGAUUACAGGUGUGAGCCACUGUGCCCGGCCACUCCUUCUUCUUGUGAGGUCUUGUACUUUGUGAUGGCUGGAUGAUCAUUCGUCCCUAAUCUCGAAGAUUUUCCUUUUUUUUAAGACAGGGUCUCACUCCUGUCGCCUAGGCGGGAGUGCAGUGGUGUGAUCAUGGCUAACUGCAGCCUCAACCUCCUGGGGUCAGGUGAUUCUCCCACCUCAGCCUCCCGAAUAGCUGAGGUUACAGGUGCACACACCAUACCCAGCUAAUUUGCUUAUACUUUUACUAGAGACGGGGUUUUGCCAUGUUGCCCAGGCUGGUCUUGAACUGCUGGACUUGAGCGAUCCACCCGCCUUGGCCUCCCAAAGUGCUAGGAUUACAGGCGUGAGCCACUGUACCUGGCCUCAUAACCUCAGCUAUUUCUCAUAUACACAGUAAAAUAAAAUGCACUUUUUUGCUUUUUGCUUAAAAAGUAACCAGCAUUUUGUAUCAAUGUUUUUAGUGAUUCUGACACAACUAGUAACACUCAAAAACUGCCUACCUCUAGAUUUCCUUAAGCACAUACUCCAAAAACAAAUAACCUCAAUGCCUUUUCCCUCUUCUAAAUGAUGCUUUUGAGUGGACUUGUCCCUGGGUAAAUAGAUUGGAUGUCCAUGUGGUAUUGGACAGGGACCCAGCAUCUCACCAUAAGUUAGCAGCAGCCAUCAAGAACGAGGUCAUUUCCUGUAGGAAUGAGCAAUCUUGUUUGGAAAAAACGGUCUCACAUUCUCCAUACUGCAUCACAACCAAAUGCAAACUAAGCCUUGUAUUUAAAGAAACAUUCAACUAAGCGUAAGGUGAUGAUUCUUUUUCCACAUUUUGCUGCCAGAACCAGAAAUGUUGAAAUAUCACCAAAAUGUUCUCAUAUUAAGGUCAGUCAGGACAGUAAUUUCCAGAAAUCUUAAGAAAACAGCCACUACUUGUGAAAUUAUUAUAUGAUGUGCUUGCUAGAGAAGCUCAGGUAAUUCUAAUAUGCAUUUUCCAAAUCUGGGAACCUCUUUGAACCAAACCUGAAACAAAGCCUUUUGCAUCUGCUAAUUCCUUUUGGGGGAUCUGUGCUGUUUAGUCAUUGACAACUCUGAAAGAUUUCUAUGACAAUGAUUCAUUGCUGUUUUCAUUCAAAACAUUUUAUUUCUGAACACUUUCUUAAGGUCUUAAUCAUUUUAAUUUUGAGCAUUUCUGGAGAACAGAUGCUGCCCCACAUACGUUAUAGUCCUGAUAUCAGUCUAUAGAUCAUACAUAUCUUACCAUAAUCUAUAAAGGAAGUCGUAAAAUAUGUAAGAAUUGGGUGAAUGUUAGGUGUUCAGAAGAAAAUUGAGUGCCAUCAAUAUAUCUGGCUGCUUAAAUGAGUUAAUAUGACCAUUAUACACACUUCCAUUUGGGAGGUGUGUUUCAGAAAACCUCAGUGUAGAUACAGACUCGUAUUUUCUCUCCAGCCCCCCUUUCUUCUCCAUCCUCUGCCCCAAGGGCUUCCUGAGAUUUAACUGGUCCAUUCCAGACUACAAGCCAACACACAGAGAUUAUUCAGCUUUCACAUUAAAAUGCUAGUCAGACAAUUUCCCCAAGACUUUAGCCUGAGAAAACACUGGUUCAUCCUGACUGGGUUAAGCUUGUCCAAACCGUACUGUCUGCUGCUCUAAGCUGACCCAGGGAUGAGUGACGGAGUCUGUGAUGUUGGACUGCCCAGAGGCGGUGUCUCUCCUUCAAGCCGCUGAAGUGUUUUUUUACUAACAUUUCUGAGCUGUGCUUUGUUUAACUCCAAACUUCCUGGCCUUUCUCCAAAAGGAAAGUCUUUAUCACUUAUUCAAUGGACACAGCUAUGGAGGUGGUGAAAUUCGUGAACUUUUUGUUGGUAAAUGGCUUCCAAACUGCAAUUGACAUAUUUGAGGAUAGAAUCCGAGGCAUUGAUAUCAUUAAAUGGAUGGAGCGCUACCUUAGGGAUAAGACCGUGAUGAUAAUCGUAGCAAUCAGCCCCAAAUACAAACAGGAUGUGGAAGGCGCUGAGUCGCAGCUGGACGAGGAUGAGCAUGGCUUACAUACUAAGUACAUUCAUCGAAUGAUGCAGAUUGAGUUCAUAAAACAAGGAAGCAUGAAUUUCAGAUUCAUCCCUGUGCUCUUCCCAAAUGCUAAGAAGGAGCAUGUGCCCACCUGGCUUCAGAACACUCACGUCUACAGCUGGCCCAAGAAUAAAAAAAACAUCCUGCUGCGGCUGCUGAGAGAGGAAGAGUAUGUGGCUCCUCCACGGGGGCCUCUGCCCACCCUUCAGGUGGUUCCCUUGUGACACCGUUCAUCCCCAGAUCACCGAGGCCAGGCCAUGUUUGGGGCCCUGUUCUGACAGCAUUCUAGCUGAGGCUGGUCGGUAGCACUCCUGGCUGGUUUUUUUUCUAUUCCUCCCCGAGAGGCCCUCUGGCCCCCAGGAAACCUGUUGUGCAGAGCUCUUCCCCGGAGACCUCCACACACCCUGGCUUUGAAGUGGAGUCUGCGGCUGCUCUGCAUUCUCUGCUUUUAAAAAACCCAUUGCAGGUGCCAGUGUCCCACAUGUUCCUCCUGACAGUUUGAUGUGUCCAUUCUGGGCCUCUCAAUGCUUAGCAAGUAGAUAGAUAAUGUAAGGGAUGUGGCAGCAAAUGGAAAUGACUACAAACACUCUCCUAUCACUUCAGGCUCCUUUUAUGAGUUAGCCAGAUGCUUGUGUAUCCUCAGACUAAACUGAUUCAUGUACAAAUAAUAAAAUGUUUACUCUUUUGUAA